UAAAUUUCAGUUGUACUGUACAAUAACAAAACUACAAUGGUAAUAGUACUGCAGAAACCUGGAAAACCAUGAGAGAUCAUCUUCCUCCUUCGACAACGACGACAAUGAAGAACAAAGGGAGGUUCUUCUUCUCCACCAUUAAUUCUACUCUCAUUUUCUCUCUCCUCGCCUUCCUCGCCUUAUUCGCCUUCGUUGCUCCCCUUCCUUCUCUCUCCUCUCAUUCUCCCUCUCAUCAUCGCCACCGUAAAAAGCUUAAUAUCAGGAAAUUUGAGAUUGCUGAUGACAUGUUUUGGAAAGAUGGUGAGCCUUUCCGCAUUAUUGGUGGGGAUCUGCAUUACUUUCGUGUUCUUCCUGAGUAUUGGGAAGAUAGACUGUUAAGAGCAAAGGCAUUGGGCUUAAACACAAUUCAGACUUAUGUUCCAUGGAAUCUGCAUGAACCAAGUCCUGGUGAUCUGAAAUUCAAUGGUAUUGCUGACAUAGUAUCAUUCCUUAGACUCUGCCAGAAGCUAGGUUUUUUUGUCAUGCUUCGGCCUGGCCCUUACAUAUGUGCAGAGUGGGAUCUGGGUGGAUUUCCAGCUUGGCUACUUGCUACAGAGCCAACUCUUAGACUGAGAUCUUCAGAUCCUAUGUACCUUGAAUUGGUAGAUAAGUGGUGGGGUAUACUGCUCCCAGUGGUGGUUCCUUUGCUUUAUGGAAAUGGUGGUCCUAUUAUCAUGGUUCAGAUAGAAAAUGAAUAUGGUUCUUAUGCAGAUGAUAAAGCUUACCUGCAUCACCUGGUCAAAUUGGCCAGAAGACACCUUGGAGAUGACAUUAUCUUGUAUACCACGGAUGGAGGUACGAGAGUAAUCCUUAAGAAAGGAACUAUCCCAGGAGACAAUGUUUAUUCGGCUGUUGACUUUUCCACAGGUGAUCAGCCAUGGCCCAUAUUUAAAUUGCAAAAAGAAUUCAAUGCACCUGGAAAAUCUCCUCCUCUUUCGUCGGAGUUCUACACUGGCUGGCUUACACACUGGGGAGAGAAACUUGCAAAGACUGAUGCUGACUUUACAGCAGCAGAGCUAGAAAAGAUAUUGUUGAGGAAUGGCUCUGUGGUUCUUUAUAUGGCACAUGGUGGAACAAACUUUGGGUUCUUUAAUGGUGCAAAUACUGGCUCAGAUGACUCAGAUUAUAAGCCUGACCUCACAUCCUAUGAUUAUGAUGCACCAAUUCGAGAAACUGGUGAUGUGGACAAUGCAAAAUUUAGAGCGAUAAGGAGGGUUAUAGAGAAAUAUACUGUGGCAACUCUUCCUCCGAUCCCCGCCAAUAAUGAGAAGGCAGGAUAUGGAUUUGUUCAAUUAGAGAAAACUUCAAAAUUGUUUGAUAUCAUUGGUAUUCAAGAUAAUGCCAAUGUUGUUGAAUCUUUUAACCCAAUUUCUAUGGAGUCUGUAGGCCAGAUGCAUGGAUUUCUACUAUACAUAUCAGAAUUUAGUACACGUGAUAGUGCUAGCACCUUAAGUAUAUCAAAGGUGCAUGAUAGAGCCCAGGUAUUUGUUUCAUGUCAUUCCAAAGAUCAAGGAAGACCAAUUUAUGCAGGGAAUAUUGAGAGAUGGUCCAACAAAGAACUUAAGCUUCCUCAUCUUAAGUGUGUUUCAAAAAUCAGUUUAUUUGUUUUGGUUGAGAACAUGGGCAGGAUUAAUUAUGGGCCCUACAUCUCUGACAGGAAGGGAAUGUUGUCUCCUGUCUAUGUGGAUGGACGUGUUCUUCACAAUUGGAAAAUGUUCUCAAUUCCAAUCCACAAUCUGAAUGAUCAGAGUAGUUCAAUAAUUCAGCUUGCUGGCAAUGACCUCACUACAGUACAUGCAGGCAAACGUAUGAAAGAUCAGUGUGCGAACAUAUCAAAUGAACCUGCUUUCUACACCGGUUCUUUUACUAUCAAUAGUGUCAAUCAAGUCAAAGACACAUUUUUGUCAGUAGAUGGCUGGGGCAAAGGGCUUGCAUUCAUCAAUAAUUUCAAUUUAGGACGAUAUUGGCCGACAUUUGGGCCACAGUGCAAUCUUUAUGUCCCUGCUCCACUUCUUCGCCAUGGGAGUAAUACAGUGGUACUCUUUGAGCUCGAGUCUCCAAACACAGAUCUUGCGGUCAGGUUUGUUCAGCACGAGGACUUCUCAUGCAGUCAAACUAGUUCAAACAUUCUUGAAAUUUAAAGUCACAACAUCAGUGAUAUACAAAGUGCUUCAUUCACUCCCAACAAGUAGAAACCUGCUACAAAUAGUCUAUUCCAAAAUCAAUCAUUGCAUCUGUUUGAUUUUGUACUUGCUAAAACUGCCCAAAGUUAUAUCAGUUUAAAAAGAAAGAUGGAAAAGGAGAUCUAAAUCCUUACUUAUCUAAGUAACUGAAUACGCUACAUGCCAAUCUUAUAACCAGGUUUGGUCGCAAGCUUUGACUAUACAAGGGCACCAUGAUCAUACCCUUUGUAAUGGAGUAGAAUUUAUUGUAGAAACUUGUAUUGUUUAAUACUUAGUGUAGGCUGUUAGGUUUUACAGUUAUUCAAAACAAGAACUACUCAAGUUUGUGGAACAAAACCUAAAGCAAGUGUAUAAUUUCAAUUGAAUUAUACAACAACCAAUACUAAUCAAAGUAUUAAGUAUUAAGCACCAAAA